UUAAAAUAUCCUGCAAUUAUUUGAUAGAAUGGUUUUAACAACUUCCAGGAGCAGUGAGAAACCCCGUUCAAACCCUAACCACACUUCUCACCCAAUUUGUUAAAUUUGAGCCCCUCGCCGCGUGCCGGACCGCACCCAAUGCAAAGCUUCUUCUUCUGCGCUACAUAUUUGUAACACUUCAGAUUUGCUAUUGCGUGUCAGUAUUUACUUGCAAUCUCUGCACAGGAAUAUGGAGGCAAAUUCAGCUUCAUAUGAACAUGAGGAUCAAGAUGAAUAUGUUCUACUUGACCUGGAUAGUGUUUCUAACUUUAUUAACUUUCCAGCAAAUGCCAAGUAUGUUCUUACUGGCCUUGAUACGUUAAACCCAGUAUUGAUCAUUGAUGACAAAUUUAAGCUGAUUGGGCAAUACGAGGAGUCAAUUGGCACAUGUCUUGCUUUUACCGAACAAGAUGCCCCUCUGGUUCAUGAAGAGACAGGAUCAUCUGAAGUGAACCUUUUCUCUAGAACAAGACUAAUUGAUUCAAGUCAAACUCCAACAAAGCAAGUGAAACCUUUGUGUCAGCUUCACAAGAUUCUCAAGUUUAAACUAUCACCCGAUUCUGAAAUCCAGAGCAUCAUCACACAUGAGGAGGUAUAGUAAAUUUAAAGCUUACUAGAGAACAUGGGAAUGGGUGCCAAUUGUGUACCUUUUUGAAAAAUUACCUGUUCCCUUGGAUUUUCUUUUAGAUUUGUACAUAGAACAAAACCUUUUCAAAGAUUGUUCUUUCGUAGGUGUAUAUAUAUACAUACGUUUAAGAAUUAUACCUCCAGUUUAUCAAACAGUAAGUUAAUGUGUUUGAUUUGAUAAUUUUUUUUAGAAUGAACCUCCAAUUAUAAAGUAUGGGUUCAAUGCUGUUAUCAAAAUUGGAAAAAGAAAUAAAAUAAUCGGGAUAUGGUUAGAAUAUCUAUAUUCAACUGCAAUGAAAUUACCAAAUUAUUUCCUAUGUAUUGUUUC